AUGUUACAAGAAAUGCUAGAUUUGGAACCAAAGGGGGUUGUUGAUGAUGUAUUUGUUCCUAGUCCUGCGUCCCCAUCUGAAUUUAUGUUAGGUCCUUGCUUUAGGACUGAAUUUCCUUCAAAGCUCACCUCUUUUUAUCCCCUAGUUAAAGGAGAAAAGCUUCUGCUGCACUUAUCUGGACCUGACUUGUCCAGAUCCAAGACUCUUAAGACAUGGCCCACUGUUAACAAAGCAUGGACUGAUUGGGUUGAUCGGGUUGAGAGGGGCAAAGGAGAAUUAUGGAAAUCAGCUGGCAUAUAUGAAGCCAUUUAG